AGGAGUGGGAGCAAGUUGUAAAAAAUGUGGCAAGGGCUGAGGUAGGAGAGAAGGUAGUAGUGACAAAGGGUAAGAGGAGGGGGAUUACAGCUUUGAGGAAUAGCGCUGGGUGUCAGUGAUGAGUACAAAGGGCAAGUUAGAGGUGUUAAAGAGGCAUUAUCAGCAGUUGGGCACUUGUAGUGUUGAUACAGCCUUGAUGAUAGUUGGGAAAGAGGAAGUGGAUAAGAAAGUGUGUGAGUUUCCAACAGAUUGUAUGGAA